CGCCCCGUCAAUGCUCACCAUGAGCGAGGAGCACGCCAAAGCCCUGGAGGCGCCGGGCAGCCCCGCGGGCACCGCCAGCUCCCUCUCGCACGUGGACUCCGACUCGGACGCGCCCUCGUCCCCGGCCGGCUCCGAGGGGCCCCAGGCGCCGUCGGGCUCGACGGCGCGCCCGGGCGCCAAGGGCGAGGCGGGGGACGUGGACGAGCGCUUCCCGGCCUGCAUCCGCGACGCCGUCUCGCAGGUGCUGAAGGGCUACGACUGGAGCCUGGUGCCCAUGCCCGUGCGGGGCAACGGCGCGCUGAAGGCCAAGCCCCACGUCAAGCGGCCCAUGAACGCCUUCAUGGUGUGGGCGCAGGCCGCCCGCCGGAAACUGGCCGACCAGUACCCGCACCUCCACAACGCCGAGCUCAGCAAGACCCUCGGCAAGCUCUGGCGUUUGCUAAGCGAAAGUGAGAAGCGCCCGUUUGUGGAGGAAGCCGAGCGGCUGAGAGUUCAGCACAAGAAGGAUCACCCCGAUUAUAAAUACCAGCCCCGCCGGAGGAAAAGCGUCAAAGCUGGCCAGAGCGAUUCUGAUUCAGGGGCUGAGUUGAGCCACCAUGGUGGGAACCAGAUCUACAAAGCGGAUGCUAGCCUGGGGCCCAUGAGUGAGACACACCACCACGCCGACCACGCAGGGCAGACCCACGGACCUCCUACCCCGCCUACAACCCCGAAGACGGACCUUCACCAUGGGAACAAGCAGGAACUGAAGCACGAAGGGCGCCGCCUGGUGGAAAGCGGGAGGCAGAACAUCGACUUCAGCAAUGUGGACAUCUCGGAACUGAGCAGCGAGGUGAUCAACAACAUGGAGACCUUCGACGUCCACGAGUUUGACCAAUAUUUGCCACUCAAUGGCCAUUCCACCAUGACAGCUGACCACGGGCAGAACUCCACAGCAGGUUCUUAUGGGACCACCUAUUCUCAUUCAGCCAACGGCAGCAGCGGUGGAACAGCCCAGGUCUGGACUCACAAGAGCCCUUCCUCCACGUCUCCUUCCUCCACCGAAACUGGUCAGCAGAGGCCUCACAUCAAGACAGAGCAGCUUAGCCCGAGCCAUUACAGUGACCAAUCUCACAACUCUCCUACUCACUCCGACUAUGGAUCUUACACUGCCCAGGCCUGUGCCACGACAGUGUCUUCAGCUACGGCCACGGCCUCCUUCUCCAGCUCCCAGUGUGACUACACAGACCUCCAGAGUUCCAACUACUACAACCCAUAUCCGGGUUACCCUUCCAGCAUUUACCAGUACCCCUAUUUCCAUUCCUCUCGCAGACCCUACGCCACCCCGAUCCUCAACAGCUUAUCUAUCCCUCCUUCGCACAGCCCUACCGCAAAUUGGGACCAGCCAGUCUACACAACUCUGACAAGACCUUGAGAGGAUUGAAGGAACCAUUGUUCUGAGGGUCCUCUUCUUCCUCCCGCAAAACACCCACAAAAACUUCAUGCACUGUGUGGAAAAACGAAACCGGAAAGCAACGAUAUGAGAAUCCAUAUCGGAAUGUCAUUACAUUGUCCCAAGUGCCUCCUUCUCUGUACGACUGGACGCCUCCCCCCCCCCAGAUCUUUAAAUUUUUGAAAGACAGAGUUCUAUUUUCUUUAUUAAUAAUAAUUAAUAAUAAUUAAUAAAAGUAUCCAGACUGACGAUUCCUUUUGAAUACGUGAAGGACAGCUUUUAUCUAACUCCUCUGUGAGGACUCGAAGCGAACGGCCUAUCGUGUGUGCAGGACGGUCCAGAAGAGAAAGUGGAGCUGAUGGAGAUAUUUGAGGGAUUUAUUGCAAUCAGGAUUUUAAGCCAGCCUAGGCGGAAAGAAUCGAUAUAGAUCUGUUGUUGUUUUUUAAAAUCCUAACCAUACAAUUAACAACACCGAAGGACCAUACAAGAUUCUUUUGGGACCAGCCCAUCCACUAAUGUCAGAAUUCCUUCGCUGUAGUUGCCAGAGUUCUUCUAAUCAAGGUUUGGCUAUGAGUAACAUUUUGUUUGGGAGUUUAAAAAUUGUGUGCACAGCUCUCAAGAAAAAUGUAUUGAUUUUGUUAUUGUUGCUUUCGGGGAAUCAAUCUCUUAAAUAUGUAUUUAUGUUCUGUGUAAUUUUGUCUUAAUUAAUGAAGUAAUUUUGUGCGAGAAGUAGAAUUUUAAAAGAGAUCUUUUUUUUUUUUAAGGGGGUGUAAAUUAGUGGAGAUGAGAUGGAUUAUUUUUCCGGAUUCAAA